AUGCCCUUUCACCCGUCCAGAAUGCCCUAUAACCAGUCCAGAAUGCCCUAUAACCAGUCCAGAAUGCCCUAUAACCAGUCCAGAAUGCCCUAUAACCAGUCCAGAAUGCCCUAUAACCAGUCCAGAAUGCCCUCUAACCAGUCCAGAAUGCCCUAUAACCAGUCCAGAAUGCCCUAUAACCAGUCCAGAAUGCCCUCUAACCAGUCCAGAAUGCCCUUUAACCAGUCCAGAAUGCCCUUUCACCCUUCCAGAAUGCCCUCUAACCAGUCCAGAAUGCCCUUUCACCCGUCCAGAAUGCCCUUUCACCCGUCCAGAGUGCCCUUUCACCCUUCCAGAAUGCCCUCUAACCAGUCCAGAAUGCCCUUUCACCCUUCCAGAAUGCCCUCUAACCAGUCCAGAAUGCCCUUUCACCCGUCCAGAAUGCCCUUUCACCCGUCCAGAGUGCCCUUUCACCCGUCCAGAGUGCCCUUUCACCCUUCCAGAAUGCCCUCUAACCAGUCCAGAAUGCCCUUUCACCCGUCCAGAAUGCCCUUUCACCCGUCCAGAGUGCCCUUUCACCCUUCCAGAAUGCCCUCUAACCAGUCCAGAAUGCCCUUUCACCCUUCCAGAAUGCCCUCUAACCAGUCCAGAAUGCCCUUUCACCCGUCCAGAAUGCCCUUUCACCCGUCCAGAGUGCCCUUUCACCCGUCCAGAGUGCCAUUUCACCCGUCCAGAAUACCCUUUAACCAGUCCAGAAUGCCAUUCAACCAGACCAAACGAGACCCAUACAUGAAAUCCCGUGAUCCUUAG